CCCCUGGCGCUCACCCUCUGCCCGGCCCCUGCCGGUGGGCUGGCUUCGGUACAGUGCGGCGGGCAGCGCGGCGCUGCGGGCUGAAGGAAGCAGGAGAAAACGAAGAGUGGACAGUGUACUGGACGGACGGCUCGGUCUCUCUGGAGCGCCUCAUGGAAAUGAAGCGGUUUCAGAAAAUCAACCAUUUCCCAGGCAUGUUGGAGAUCUGCCGCAAGGACUUGUUGGCUUACAACCUGAACCGCAUGCUCAGGCUCUUCCCCAAGGAGUACAACAUAUUUCCCCGCACUUGGUGCCUGCCAGCCGACUAUGGAGAUUUCCAGGCCUACAGGCGCGCGAGGAAGAACAGAACAUUCAUCUGCAAGCCAGACAGCAGCUGCCAAGGGAGAGGGAUCUUCAUAACACAUCAUCCAGAGGAGAUCAAACACGGAGAGCACAUGAUCUGUCAGCAGUAUAUCUCUAAGCCUUUCCUUAUCGAUGGCUUUAAAUUUGACUUGCGUAUCUAUGUGCUCCUCACAUCCUGUGACCCGCUGAGGAUUUUUGUCUACAAUGAGGGUCUGGCCCGGUUUGCCACCAGGAGUUACAUCAAUCCCAGCAGCAGCAACCUGGACGAUGUCUGCAUGCACCUGACCAACUAUGCCAUCAACAAACAUAACGAAAACUUCGUCCAGGACGACAGGAUGGGCAGUAAGAGGAAACUGUCCACCCUGAACGCCUGGAUGGCGGAUAAUGGCUACAACACCGCACAGCUCUGGGAAGAUAUUGAAGAUACUAUUAUAAAGACGAUUAUUUCGAUUCAACCGGUUGUGAAGCACAAUUACCAAAGCUGCUUUCCAAACCACACGACGGGCUGUGCCUGCUUUGAGAUCCUGGGCUUUGAUAUUUUGCCAGACAGAAAGUUGAAGCCGUGGCUGCUGGAGGUGAACCACUCUCCCAGCUUCACCACAGACUCUCGCCUAGACUAUGAGGUGAAGGAUGCUCUUCUCUGUGACACCAUCAACCUGAUAAACGUGCAUGCCUGUGACAAAAGGAAGGUGCUGGAGGAAGACAAGCAGCGGGUAAAGGAGCGGCUCCUCCAGGCCCACCAGGCUCUCCGUGCAGCCAG